GGGCGGGCCGGGCGGAGGGGCGGGGCCGCCCGGCGCGAGGGGCUGUGGUACCGCCCCCGCCCCCCCGACUCCGGCACCCGCCGAUCUCAACAUGGACCCGGGCCCCGGCCCCGGCGAGGAGCCUCGCGCCUCCACAUCCUCCGCCACGGCCGCUGCGCAGGAGCCCGGCGCUGAGGAGAAAAAUGAUCCCCCGUUUCAACUCAAGCUUCCUCCGAAGGCAGCUAGACCUGAAAAAGAAGUUGACCCAGAAUAUGAAGAGAAGAUGAAAGCAGAUCGAGCAAAAAGGUUUGAAUUCCUCCUGAAGCAGACAGAACUUUUUGCACAUUUUAUUCAACCUGCAGCACAAAAAUCACCAACGUCUCCACUGAAAGUCAAGCUGGGACGGCCACGGAUGAAGAAAGAUGAAAAACAGAGUUUGAUUUCAGCUGGGGAGUACCGCCACCGGCGCACAGAGCAGGAGGAGGAUGAAGAGCUCUUGUCUGAGAGUCGGAAAACGUCCAAUGUGUGUAUUCGGUUUGAGGAGUCUCCUUCAUAUGUGAAAGGAGGAACACUAAGAGAUUAUCAGGUUAGAGGUUUGAACUGGAUGAUCUCAUUGUAUGAAAAUGGAGUUAAUGGCAUUCUGGCAGAUGAAAUGGGGCUUGGUAAGACUCUGCAAACAAUAGCUUUAUUAGGCUAUCUGAAGCACUACCGAAACAUUCCUGGGCCACACAUGGUACUGGUACCAAAAUCAACUUUGCAUAACUGGAUGAAUGAAUUUAAGCGCUGGGUUCCAUCUUUACGUGCUGUUUGCCUUAUUGGAGAUAAAGAUGCCAGAGCUGCAUUUAUCCGUGAUGUUAUGAUGCCUGGUGAAUGGGAUGUUUGUGUUACAUCAUAUGAAAUGGUAAUUAAAGAGAAAUCAGUGUUCAAGAAAUUUAACUGGAGAUACCUGGUAAUCGAUGAAGCCCACAGAAUAAAGAAUGAGAAGUCUAAGCUGUCAGAGAUUGUACGUGAGUUCAAGACAACAAAUCGAUUGCUGCUUACAGGAACUCCUUUACAGAAUAACCUCCAUGAGCUGUGGGCAUUACUCAAUUUCCUUUUACCUGAUGUCUUCAAUUCUGCAGAUGAUUUUGACUCAUGGUUUGACACUAAAAAUUGUCUUGGUGAUCAGAAACUUGUAGAAAGACUUCAUGCUGUUUUGAAGCCAUUUCUCUUACGUCGCAUAAAAGGUGAAGUAGAAAAGAGUUUGCCUCCAAAGAAGGAAGUAAAAAUUUAUCUUGGGCUCAGCAAAAUGCAGAGAGAAUGGUAUACCAGAAUCCUGAUGAAAGAUAUUGAUAUCCUGAAUUCAGCUGGCAAAAUGGAUAAGAUGCGUCUGCUGAAUAUUCUGAUGCAGCUGCGGAAGUGCUGUAACCAUCCUUACCUGUUUGAUGGUGCUGAGCCAGGCCCUCCUUACACCACUGAUACUCAUCUCAUCACCAACAGUGGUAAAAUGUUAGUAUUGGAUAAACUGCUGGCAAAACUCAGAGAGCAGGGUUCCAGAGUUCUGCUUUUCAGUCAGAUGACUCGCUUGCUGGAUAUUUUGGAAGACUAUUGCAUGUGGCGUGGUUAUGAGUACUGCAGGCUUGAUGGGCAGACACCACAUGAGGAAAGAGAGGAAGCAAUUGACACAUUUAAUGCUCCCAACAGCAGUAAAUUCAUUUUCAUGCUGAGUACCAGAGCUGGAGGUCUUGGAAUUAAUUUGGCAACUGCUGAUGUGGUUAUUCUCUAUGAUUCAGAUUGGAACCCUCAAGUAGAUCUGCAAGCCAUGGAUCGUGCGCAUCGUAUUGGUCAAAAGAAACCAGUACGGGUGUUUCGACUUAUCACUGAUAAUACUGUUGAAGAGAGGAUUGUAGAAAGAGCUGAAAUAAAACUGAGACUGGACUCUAUAGUUAUACAACAAGGAAGGCUUAUAGACCAACAGUCCAACAAACUGGCAAAAGAUGAAAUGCUGCAGAUGAUCCGGCACGGAGCCACACAUGUAUUUGCUUCCAAAGAUAGUGAGCUGACAGAGGAAGAUAUAACCACUAUUUUAGAAAGAGGUGAAAAGAAGACAGCUGAAAUGAAUGAACGUUUGCAGAAGAUGGGAGAGAGCUCCCUACGAAAUUUCACAAUGGACACAGAGAUGAGCUUAUAUAAUUUUGAAGGUGAAGAUUAUAGAGAAAAACAAAAGCUGAGCAUGAUGGAAUGGAUUGAGCCUCCAAAAAGAGAACGCAAAGCCAAUUAUGCAGUGGAUGCUUAUUUCAGAGAAGCCCUACGUGUCAGUGAACCAAAAGUCCCAAAGGCUCCACGACCUCCAAAACAACCGAAUAUUCAGGAUUUUCAGUUUUUCCCACCACGGUUAUUUGAACUUCUGGAAAAAGAAAUACUGUAUUACCGCAAAACUAUAGGAUAUAAGGUCCCCAGGAAUCCUGACCUUCCAAAUGCAGCUCAGGUACAAAAGGAGGAACAGAAGAAGAUAGAUGACUCUAUGCCUCUGAAUACUGAGGAAAGUGAAGAGAAAGAAAAGCUUCUAACACAGGGUUUUACAAACUGGAAUAAAAGAGAUUUUAACCAAUUUAUUAAAGCUAAUGAGAAAUAUGGUCGUGAUGACAUAGACAAUAUUGCCCGUGAGGUGGAAGGAAAGUCACCUGAGGAGGUCAUUGAGUACUCAGCUGUUUUCUGGGAACGUUGUAAUGAACUACAGGACAUUGAGAGGAUUAUGGCUCAGAUUGAACGAGGAGAGGCAAGAAUUCAGCGGAGGAUCAGUAUCAAGAAAGCCCUUGAUGCCAAAAUUGCAAGGUACAAAGCACCUUUUCAUCAGCUGCGUAUUCAGUAUGGAACGAACAAAGGGAAAAAUUACACGGAAGAAGAAGACAGAUUUUUGAUCUGUAUGUUACACAAAAUGGGCUUUGACAAGGAGAAUGUGUAUGAGGAGCUGAGGCAGUGCGUGCGCAACGCUCCUCAGUUCAGGUUCGACUGGUUUAUCAAAUCCAGAACUGCGAUGGAGUUUCAGAGACGCUGCAAUACUCUCAUAUCAUUAAUAGAAAAAGAAAAUAUGGAAAUUGAAGAAAAGGAAAGAGCUGAAAAGAAGAAAAGAGGAGCAAAAGUUACAGCAUCACAGAAGAGAAAAGCAGAUUUGGCUGCUGAGAACUCUGGAAAAAAAGAUGCUAAGAAAGUGAAGUCAUGAACCUGAAAACUGAACGCUAAAUAUUAAGCUGCCACUUUCUUCACUCCAUCUAUAUGUAUUAAUUGCCAACUUCUUCGUAUUCAUGGUAUUCUUCCCCAAGUCCCAUGCUUUAAUUUUGCAAAUUUUGUAUCCUUUACAAUGCUUUUCUUUACCUAAAAUGUGUAGCUUUAUGUCUUAUGCAUUCCAGUAUUUUGGGUACUGUAUUUUGUGAGUUUCAUGUCUUUGGCAAAAUUCACUCAGUCCUUGGUUUUAUAUGUUUUAUAUGCUGCUGCUUUGAAAGAAAACCUAGAUUCUAUAGCUGUAUUAUUGUUGUUUCAUAUUUUAAAUUUAUAUGGCUGUUGGAAAAUAAACUGACUUAAUUAUUUGAAAAGAAAUAUACUUCACCUGUGUUUUCCCUACCCUCUCCCCAUUUUUUGCAUAGCUACAUUUAGAGAGAAUGUUAAGGUUUGUCUAAUUGUGCCUUCAUCAUCAAUCAGAUUUUUUUUGGAGGAGUACUUGGACCGGAUCAGUCGCAUGACAGAACAAAAUCUAAUUAGACUGACAUCCUUGUUUGCUCUCUGCAUAAAAUGGACAUAUUCUCUGAAAUGUUCAAAAGGAAAGCCAGCAAGUACACACUUUUUGUUUUUCUUUAUCAGUGAUUUCUGCUGGGCAUCACACUUAAAUACAGGGUGAGGUGUUUUUCAGAAUGGCCUCUAGAUGAAAACUUUUCUGUGCCUCAUAAAAGGAAGUAGUCAGCUCACAGCUUCUGGUUGUUUAAGUAGCAAACAAAAUAAUUCUUUUUCUGGUUGGUAGGCUCCUCAGCUCUGCUGCCUUAUGCUGAAAGAUCUUUGUUGCUCUAAUUAUUUCUGCAAAAGUUCUUCUUUUACCUUUUACUAUUUAUUCAACAUGUCAGUCAGAAGCAAUGGGGAUAUGUUAUGGAGUGCUCCUUUUUAGUAUUUCUAUUUUAAUGAAGGGAUGAAAGUGUUGGAUGUAUGAUUUUUUGACUUUGCAAGAAUGGCCUUUAUUAAGCAGGUUCACAGUUCCUGCUCACUUUGGAGUCUCUGCCUUUCCCAGAUCAGUAGAACAGUGACUGUGACAUCUGAUGUUUUGCUUUAAUGUUCUGUCUCUGAUCUGGUGUUUAGUACAGACCUUGCUACAGUGAGACUUGCCCUUAUAAUGUCUAGAUUAAUGCAGUGUGCUUUACUUGGUACUUCCCUUGAAGACUACUUGUAAACUUCUUCUAGUGCAGUUUGCUUCCUUCAGUGGUUUGAGGUGUUUUGAGAUAAAGAAACCUCUUUACUCUUUGUAUUUUGUGCUUUGCAUUGGCUAUCUUCUUCUGUGUUUGUAAAAUAUAGGACUUUAUAAAAUAAAAUUCUUGAGCUCUGUGCAUAUCUUCUAUAUCAUUUAAAAUAUAUUGGUAUGUCUUUGAAGUUUUCUGAGAUUAGUAUCUCUAAGUUUGAUGAGGAGUUUCCAGUUUUUUUUUGUAGUUAAAGGUUUGAGGCAAAACAGAUGUCGUGAUUGAGAAUUUCAAAAGAUAAUUCAAAAGAUUAGAUUCUGUAUUUUGGAAUGUAGCUUUUGUCCAGGGACCAUGUUAAUUAUUUAACUGGGCUUAUAUUUGUAAGACUUGAUAUUCGUCUGUCGAACUUCAUCUGAUGAGUUGAGGGGUACAUCUGAUAAUGAUGGGGCACAGCUUCCAGGCAGGAGAUUGGUCAUAGGAGUCAGUGCAUGAUUUUUAAUGUAUGUGCAGCCCAUGUAGGUAUAGGUGUGCUCAGGAAAGACGCAUGUCUCCUCAGAAUGUAGUUCUGAUAUUGGGGCAGUUAACAUCCUGCAUUAUCCUUGGGAGGACAUCCCAUGCAAUUAUGGAAAAAGGUUGUGCAGCUACAUGUAUACAUAACCACAAAUCCCUGGAGCAUUGCUAUUAAUAGAGAGAGGAAGAUGCCUUAUUUACAUUUGCAUUUUAGCUCAUGUGCCACUCACUAAGUUUAUGGCCUGAAAUGAUAAGAACAAGUUAAAAGAGAUGGGAAGUAAAGGCUGAAAGAGCCAGUUGAAAUGUUUAUGGAAUUACAUGGCUAGGUUUAGAGCUUAUUCUAUUGGUCCUAUUUAGCAUUGGAUGAAUAUUUUAAUGUUUUAAGUGUUGAAAUAAGUGUAUUCUGGUUUUGUUUAUUGUGGAUUAGCUUUGUUUGACUUGCAUGUUUUUGUGUAUCCAGAUUCUCUGUCUUGCAAAGUGUAUGGAAUAUCUUUAAAUGGUAGUAUCUCAACAUGUUGUUUUAUGCAGAUUUCUUGAGUUAACCACUUAAGUUAAUGUUCAUUCUUCUCAUUGACAUCAUACACAAACCAUAUAGCAAAAGAUCAUGCAGUUGUUCUUUCAGAUAUUAUCCUUUGAUCAGACAGCUUCUCUGAAAAGUGAUAGAUUCUCCCAGGAAUUUUCUGUUACCUCUUGCAGUCUGUAGUCCCUAGUUAAACUGAAUGUGCUGUUGAACAGUCCUUGAGAGCAUUUGGACACUAUAAACCAGUUCCUAGUGGAUUGAGCCUUCCCAUCCAUCAUGUCCUACAGUGAUAACUAAGGAAAAUUGCUAACAGCUGCUAGUCAGGAUUAAAGGAAAAUGAAUCUUUCUUUUCCCUUUUUCAUUCUUCCAGUUGCAUAUAUCCACAGUGUGUGCCUAGCAGCAUCUUACAUUGACUCAGAAUUAGGUGACAGAAAUGAAGGAAUCUUCCUACUUUUAACUGCUGUUUUCUUAGGUGAGGAAUACUAUUUGUAAAAAAUUAGUAAGCGCUGAAUGUUAUGUGAUAGAAAGCUUCUGAAAAGUUUGGGCUUUUAGGCAAUUUUAGAGUUGUCAAAAAUGCUGCAAGAUAAAACAGUUUGAAAAUUAAUUUAGUUCCUUUUCAAUGGACAAGUAAAAUUUGAUUGUGCAAACGUGAGACUUGAAGAAAGUCACCCAGCACCUUUGACUAACCAGGCAGUGCACAUAACAUCCUGGAAAAGGUCAUGGCAAUUGUGGUGGUUUCCUUUUUACUUAUUCAUAAUUUCCAGAUAUUAGUUCUUUUGUUUUUGAGUUAUGUUAGUGGUGACACCAAAAAAGUAAUGCUGCUAGCCACAUUCACUGUUUGUCAUUUCAGUUUAUUACAAUGACACAGAGAAGAAAUGAACUUUGUUCUUGCUGGUAAUACUAGAUCAUCUUUAGAUGCUGGUUUGCACAAGUGGUGUUACUGUACUAAAACAUUAAAAAUUUUUUUUCUUGUAGAUUAGCAUUGCUUGUUUGAUUUAGUGCUAAUGCUGGUUAGGGUUUAAAAAAAAAAGCAGCUAUCACUCUUUGAGAUGAUGAGCAAGGAGUACAGUAUACAGAAAUUUAUCAGAAUCUAAGUGCCUGAUGGUGAUGCUGAACUGAUUUUUGCUUUUAUAUAUUUUUCAUAUAUAUUUGUAGCUAUAUGAAGGAUUUAUAACAGAAAAAAUUAGUUUGGCAUCAAUGGAAGUAACUUUAUUGUACAGUGCCUACAGUUCCUGCUGUGUGCUUCUGUGUUACAGGCACUCUCUGUACAUGUCUCCUGCCCACAUUCAGUAGGGGGAUUAAGUAUUUUCAGUGAUGAAAAAUAAAUGCCAAAGCAUUGCAGGUUUUAAAAAGAUGGAAUUUUGCAGUCAAUACCGGUUUAUGUAAAUGCAAAAUGAUGAGGUUGGUGCACACAUUGGCAUUUGUGAUGCUGGAAGGGAUUGAUCACCAACUGUAGUUCUGAUCUGACUAAAGAGAGGUUGGCAGUUGUUACGUUUUACUUAAUUUUAUCUGGUCCACACAUUUAACUUCAAGCAUGUAUGUAAAUGCAUUCAUGGCUCAUAGUUCAAAUGUUUGAUAUGUUCUUUUUCUGAAAGACUUACAAAUUGAACUUGGUUUGCAUAUUUUGCAAUGUAGUGUACUCUUUAAUUGCAUUUGCAUGGUAUCCAUCCUUUCAUGAGAAAAGGAGUAAUAUUUGCUGCCUCAAAAGGUAUGUCAGUGUUGUGUUGUUCAAGAUAACUUCUGAACUUUUUCAAUCUGGGAUUUGUUUCUUAAGUUAUACAUAUAGGAAAAUAAAAGUUAAUAUGAAUCUGAUGUCUUCUGGUCAUUCUGGUACACACAGGGGUCUGUUACUUGGAUACUUUCAAGAUAGUUGGAUUUGGUUUUGUUGCUCUUGUGCCUCCCAUAACCUUCAGGCCAUGGUGCUGAAUGUAAGGGGGUGUGUAGCUCUUCCACGUCUGCUUUCAAAUUAGUUUCUUGUAAUCUAAAGCUAUACUGUCUAUGUUUUUGUGACAGCCUUGCCUGUGUUGUCUCAUAGUACAGCGUUACACAAUGUAUGUUGAUUCUAUAUUAACGUGUAUUGCUGGUUCCCUUUUGUUUCAUACCUCUGGCGUGUUCCUAAAAUGAAAUACUUUUAAUCUUAAGUCCAACUGACACAAUGGUAGGAGCCGUGAAUUUUUUUGUUGUACUUGAUCACUAGUAGUCUUGCUAGAUACUGCGCUUAGAGAGGUGCAUGCCCUAAAUGAAUGCUUAGUUUCCUAUGUUUUUUUUCCUCAGGAUAACCUGAAAAAAAAAAAAGACAGGCUGGAGGACCAGCUUUUCUGGUGUUGGUUGGUAGCAAUUCUGUCUGCUCCACAGUGAACUUUUGAUAGACCUCACUCUUUUUCAGGUGAGGCACCUAGACCAGGAUGGAGAAGCUGAGAAAAGACAUGUGGUACUACCUUACCUGGUCCUCAGUAGCAGCCAAAAUAAUUUUUGGGUUCAGUACAAGAGCUGUAGUUCUUCCAGACAGAUUUGCUUCCUGUCAGGCUAAGCAGGAUUCCAUAACUAGUUUCUACUUUUUGCAUAGUCUCAUGGAUGGCUUACGAGAACAAAGUCUACUAUUUCCAGGAUUUUCUUAGAAGCAGUACUUGCCAACCCUCCUGGAGGAGAUGCUCUGUUCAUACAACAGAACUUUUGGAUGGGAGCAGUGAUCCUGUCUGCAGAGCUACGCAGUGGCUGUGAGGUUUGGUGUUGACACAGGAUGAUUGUUCUCAUGCAGUCUGUUUUGGGGAAGGUCAGGCUGUAGAUUCCUGGCAGUUUCUUGCUGUAAGAAGACAGACUAAAAAGUCAUCUUCAUUUAUAUAUUAUAUUUGUUAAUUACAUAGACAGUGCUGAAGGCCACAAAAUAUUAAGUACCACCCAUCAGUUUGAUAAUUGGCAUUUGUUAUGUGUUUUCUUUUUUUAGCUUAACAGGUGGAUAUUAUUCGAGAGAUGACUUUACAUUGAGGGUUUAGAGUCCAGUAAGGCUUUUGUUACUUCCGUUUCCUUACAACUGUAGCACUUGCAUUUUCUGAAAGUGACCUGAUUUUCUACAUGCCUUGAUUUUCAUGUCUUUGUUCAUGGAGGACUGUUGGUCAGGAUUUUUUUGUUGUUGUUGUUUUAAUCGACUUAGAAGGGUGUUUUAGCUGGAAGUGUAACCUAGGUGAAGGUGUGGGAUGAUGUCCACUUCAGGAGCCCUGAUGCUACAGGGCCUUUUUAGCCUAGGUGUUGGUGCAAGCACUUGUGUGUUGCCUGCCUAGUCUGUCCCACUUCCCCUUGCUUCAGUCAAUUCCUCUCAAAAAACCUCAACCUAACAUGGCUUUGUCCUUGCCUAAUUUCUGCUCUGGGUGGCAGGGAUGUUCGUCUGUCUCUCUCUGUUGGGAGGUGACACUUGUGCCUGGUCCUUAAGCUGAACAAGACCAUUUAUUAGCUUGGAAGCCUUGAGUGCCCUGUAAUAUUACACAAACAUGGAUUGUUAUUUUCACUAAGUGUCCUGUAUCACGGCAUGAAGGGAGCUGUGGCUUGUCUGAUGUUGCCUUCUGCUCCGUAUGAGACUGCCUUUGAUUACCGUGUCCUGGCUGGAGGCUGCAAACCCAGGCACUUGUUGCUGUGCUGUGGAGAGUCUGCCUGUCCUCUGGACACACUAAUUGGACCAUCCUGGAGCCUGGUGCUAAGCAGUGCUCACGAGGCUGGAAAACGGAGGAGAGGCAAGAAGUUGCCAGUUAUUAUGACCUGCUUUAAAUUCUGACUGGUGUUGGGAUGGAAGGGUUGUGAAAUAAGGAGCAGGAAGAUGCACAUCACAAAGAGUGAUGCACUCUUUGUUGGGACUAAGCCUUUGACUGUAUUCGGCAGUGGUGAGAGCUGGGCUGGGAAAAUCUGUGUAUAAUUAACUGGAUAUUGAUGACUGAAUGUAUCUAUAUUUAUUGCUACUAAAUGGAAAUUGCAAGUAAAGCCACUAACUUGUUGCUGAGUGAGUGGACUUAAAAAGGCACUGGAGCUGUCCAUGUGCCUUGUCUGGAGCACAGCUUGUGAAGGCACUGUUGGUUGGGCUUUGCUCCUCUCUGGCUUUCCUGCCUGCAGUGCCCCCAUGUUGUUACCCAUUCAGACCCCAGGUGGUGGUGUUGGAUCUGAAAGGAGGAAAAGUGAAGAUGGAGAAGCUCCAUUCACUGUGAACAAGGCAAUUCCUUUGUUUCUGUGUUGACAGAGCUGUAGUCAGCUGUCUCCUCAGAGUUGCCAUUCCUUUCCAAACAUACAUGCAAACUGCCUGGCUGGCUGGUUAGUUGCCAUGUAGGAGGUAAUUUGAGGAUGUUUUCCCAUCAAGAAAUUCCAUUAUGUUAAACUUAAAAGGCCUCUACUAAGUUUAAACUAAGCUAUAGUUAAUGUGGCACUCGAUGUGACGUUCAGAGCCAGCCAGCAAGGUCUGUGUUGGCUUUGUAUUAGAGCUCAUUCAAUGACUGCUUGAAGGCAGGCAUGUCCACACCACAAAAAGUACGACUUCUCUUCAUGGACUUACUAUUAUAAUUAUGUUGCUGUAAUUAAAAAAAAAAAAAAAAAAAAAAAAA